AUGGACACCAACAACACUUCCCGAAGCCACUGCCGUUGCCCGCUGCCGCCGUCGAUGCAGCCGCCUCCACCGCACCUUGUCCGCAGCAGAAGCGGAGCUCCAACCGCCAUGUCGCUCCCAGAAACCCGAGCCCCUAGCCAAAGAUUCGCCGUCGUCUUCCGCUCCAAAUCGACUUCUAAAUCGAGGACCAAUUCGUCAAGUCACGACGGAAAUGGCGACGUUGACAAUAGCAAGGGUGAUGUAAGCUCAGUCAUGCUAAAGAAACGCCAGCAAAGUAAUUCAUCCGGGCUUGUAGUACCAAGAAAGACACGGUCGGCCCCACCUUCGCCCUCCGCGUGGGCCCUAUCUCCCGGUCGAAGCUCAUCAUUGGCCGGACCGGUAGCGACGGAAGUUUCUUCCGGGUUCAAUGCGCCGAGGGCCAGUAACAAGAAAUCGGAGAGCAAAAUAAACGGAGGUGGUGGUAACGGCGGAGCAGUUAGCAAGGUUUUGAAGUACUUCAAGCAAAAGAGGAAUGUGUCGCCUUUGCAAGAAGAGGAGAUUCACAAGUUACGUAUCUUGCAUAGCUCGUUAUUGCAAUGGAGGUUCGCUAAUGCUCGUGCUCGAGCAGCCGAGGAUGACGCGAAAAGAAAUGCCGAGGAGAAACUAUGCCGGGUGUGGCUCGGGAUAUCGAAGGUGAGAUCGUCGGCGAUGGAGAAGAUCGUCGAAAUGCAAAGACUGAGACAUGGUAUAAGGCUGUACGAGAUCAUAAGCCCUCAGGUUCAUAUGCUGCAAGAAUAUCCGGCCAAGCUGGAGAGGAAACACGGCGAAGGGCUCGGCAGGUUGUCUAGAAAGCUGGUGGCUCUUUCCCACCUUCUUCCUCUCGAAAGCGCCAAGGCCGAUGACACGGUGUCCAUUGCCGGAGCUAUGAACAUGGCUAUGGAGGCAUUGGCCAACAUAAACUCAACAAAUCUCAAUUUGUUGUUACAGGCUGAGGAAUUGUACCAUUUGACAACAGAGCUUGUGAGCACCCUUGAAGGGCAAAGGCAGUGUUUUCAGGAACUUGACAAGUUUAUACCCGUCUUCAUUACCUUGUUGGCAAAAGAGAGCAGCUUGAGAGCUCACGUCAUCGAAGCAACAAUGGAAUCAACCAGAGUUCACUUCAGUCCUACAGUUGUUACAUAA